CCUGGCGCCCCCCCCCCCUCCCCCGCCCCACUCCCCGGGACUGUCAGUGACUUGGAGAUUGCGGAGAAGAGGCGGGUGGGGAGGCAGCCCGUCCUGGAGCAGUUCUCCGUGAUCGGUGGGGAGAUUUAUUGGAGCGGAGUGGAUGUUUCCGCACCCGGAUAGGGGGGAAAAAGCGACCUUCUCUUCUUGUCAGACUGGCAAAAAGCAUCCCUCACAAAUGUAUGCAGGUAUCCAGCCUGGGUCUGAAGGGAAUUGGAUCCCUACUGAGGAUAUACAUGCCAAGUCCACUGUGAUGGUCCCAGUUGAAGAGCUAUUUUCCCUGAAUAAGAUGACUAAAUCUCUAAGCUCCCAAAUUCUGGAUGUACAUAAACAAGAUAAAUUACUGAGAAUAAAUUUUCCGAGGGAACAGGUUAACAUUCUAGAAAGAAAAAGGUUUAAUGCAGAGGCUUCUCAUCAGACCUUCAGAUGUUUUCCAUACCCAGAAAAGGCUGGACCCUGUGAAGCUGUGAAUCAGCUUUGGGAACUCUGCCUUCAGUGGCUGAGGCCAGAUAUUCACACAAAAGAGCAGAUCCUGGAGCUACUGGUGCUAGAACAAUUCUUGACCAUCUUGCCCAGUGAGAUCAGGAUUUGGGUGAAGUCACAGAAUCCAGAGAACAUUGAGGAAGUGGUCACCCUGGUGGAAGAUUUGACUCAAAUGCUUAAGGAGGAUGCUUUGCAUUCUCAGGAUUCUGUCUUUCUCCGAGAUAGGAACACAGAGAAAAGAGAAAAGUCUUAUGUGUUUCAAGUAGCCAGAUGCCAGGUAAGUAGAAUGUAUUCUUCAUUUUCAAAAAUGCCAUAUUUCUCAAUAUAGUCACUUUUCAUUCCUUUUUACUAGUGCUUCUAUGUCUAAUCAAAUCCUGUCCAGAGUUCUGAAUAUAUUUUAUUUUCUCCCAGGAAACUGGGCCUUUCCUAGUUGAUGUUAGAUUCAAUAGGGAAUACAUUCCACAACCUGGUGCCUUCUCUACUUAAAUUUCACUCAUUUUUUUAUGUUUUUGUAUUCAGUACUAUACUAGUCUGAGAAAUACGAAAGAAAUAGAAACUAUUAAACUUAGUGUGAAAAGACUUUCCAUCUUUCUUAGAAUAACAAGGCCAGCAUUUGAGAAAGUAAAGAGCAAUUGAAGUCCAUGCCAUAUAUAUGCCAAAAUGUUUGUCAUGGAAAACAAGACGUGUAACUAACUGUUAAAGGAAGAAACCUAGUUUACUAAAUUGUAAAAGUAAGUAACAGAUUUAAAAGCACUUACUGGGACUGGGACCAGACUUCUAUUUGGAUAACAAAGACUAGAGCAAAAAUUACCUAAGUGCUUAGUCAUACUUAAAAUAUGAUUUUCAGGAAUAUAACUUCACGUUACUGAUGAUAUUCUAACCACGGUAUGUGAAGAAAAAAAGGGUUAUACAGUUACUUGAUAAUGGUUAUAAAUACCAACAGAUUUUAAAACAUGUUUUCUGUAUUACACAAUUGAAAAAAUUUUGUUUUAGCCUCUGGGACCACUUUCUCUCUUAAGAUCUCUGUGCCAUGCAUAGACUAUGGGGAUUUUCUUUUUCUCCAAAGUAUUCAAUGGAUCAUUAUAAAAGCAGGAAGUUGAAUGUCAGACUAAUUAAAUAAUAGUUUUUGAAGUGUGUUAGAGUUUGUAGUACAAUUCUAUCAUUUUACAGACUAAAGAGAAUGAGCCUCAAAGAUUAUUAUGAUUUCUUGGAAAGAAACAUCAUUAUCUAUCAGUCUACUGAAUAGGAGUACAAAUUGCCUAGGUUUUGGAAAUACAUCUUCAAAAAACCAUCAAAAUCUUCAAAUGCAUAUAGUGUAGAGAUUCAUUUGGCUGCCAAAGUGAUUUUCCUAAGGCACUAAUUUGACCAUGUCAUCUCCCUAUUUAAUAAACUUCAGUGACUCCCUUCUGCCCUCAGGAUCAAUUAUCAAAUCCUUUGUUUAUUAUUUAAAACUCUUCACAACCUGGUCUCUUCUUACCUUUCCAAUCUUUUUGCACUUCACUCCCCUCCAGUCAUCUUUUGGUCUAGGAAUAGGAAGCUAUUACGUCUUUACACACUCUCAUCUCUUGACUUUGUACCUUUAUACUAUUUAUUUUUCAUGUCUAGAAUGUUCUCAUUGCCACCUCCUAUUUUCCUGGCUUUCUUUAAGACUCAGUUCAAAUCCUACCUUCUAAAGGGGACUUUUCUUAUUCCCUCAGGCCAUCAGUAUCUUCCUUCCAAGGUUGUUUUCCGUUUACUCUGUAUAUAUCUUUAAUGUACCUAGCCAUUGGUAUGUUUUCUCUUCCAUUAGGAUGUGAGCUCCUUGAGGGCAGGGAUCAUGUUUUCGCUUUUUUUGUAUCCUUUUUGCUUAACACAAUACUUAGCACAUAGUGCUGAAUAAAUUCUUGCUGACUAGACUCAUUGAUUGACUGAUUUUUAUUAUAUUUGAGAUUAAGAAAUAACCAACUUUCAUUUGUUACUGGUGAUAAGGGAAACCAAAUUCAUAAAUAAUCACUAAAUUUUAUUUUUGUCAUUGAACUUCUGUUGCUAGACCAAC